UUCCCUUUCACAUCUCACUCAGUCCAUCAAACUACCCCAAUUCACGUCGACAAUAUCUCUCCCGGACCCUCCAUCAAUCCUCUCUCUCGACAUCAUCUUCUUCUUUCAGCACAAUGGGUUUCGAAGCCGGCGACCACAAGAAGGGUGCCAACCUCUUCAAGACGCGGUGUGCACAAUGCCACACCCUGAAGUCGGGUGAGGGCAACAAGAUCGGCCCCAACCUCCACGGUAUCUUCGGGCGACAGUCCGGCCAGGUCGAGGGAUUCUCAUAUACGGACGCCAACAAGCAGAAGGGUGUCCAUUGGGACGAGGGAACUCUGUUCGAAUACCUAGAAAACCCCAAGAAGUACAUCCCUGGCACCAAGAUGGCUUUCGGUGGGCUCAAGAAGCCCAAGGACCGAAAUGACCUCAUCACCUUCCUCAAGGAGGAGACUAAAUAGACGUUCCAUGGCCAUCUGGAUGUCUAUCCUUUAUCUUUCGACACGAUUCUCCCUUAAUUGCCCCAAGAGCUCUCUUACGUCCAACCAUGUACCAUCAGGACAGGCCUUCGAUAGACGUAUGAUAAACAAAGGCGGUGGUGCGCGUCUUCUUCAUGUGUAAAAAUAUGUUUGUGUACUUUGCAAGAGCGUGUUUCGUAUCUGGUGCAGCGUGGGGCUGGUCUAGGUCUUAGCGGCACAUUCGAAAUACCAUUCUCCUCUUCCUA